AGAGCCAACCAAAAUUAGUGAGACAAAACUAGGUUUGCAUAAUACAUCUAUGCAAAAAGAAAGAGCCUAUUAUGUGUUGCAAGAGGAUUAGGGGAAGUGAUUGCUGAAGUCAGAGCAUAAAGCUUUGCAAGGUCAGCUCCAGGAACAGUUAGUGAUCAAAACCUGAGUGUAUGUAGCUCAAAGCAACCACAAACACCACCUUCCACUCUAAAUGUGUCUGGUUUGUUUCUGAAACACUGAGAUGAUCCUGCUGGGCUACGGUGCUCUGCUCCUCUUCUGGACAUGUUGUUCUGCCCAAAAUGACUGUAAAACCCCACCUCCUAGAAGAAGAAAAGAAGUACUUACAGAAACAUGGAACAAGGACUCUUACCCACAUGGUACUCGAGCAACUUAUGCGUGUCGACCUGGCUAUAUAAAACUUGGGCGUGUUAUAUUCCAGUGUAAUAAUGGAAUAUGGCAACAUGCCCCUCCAUAUAUAGAAUGCCAAAACAAGCCCUGUGGCCAUCCUGGAGACAUUCCGUUUGGCUCCUUUGACCUUACAGAAGGAACUGAAUUUGUAUUUGGUGCUCGUGUUGAAUACAAAUGUAAUGAUGGAUACCGGAUGCUAAGUCAAAGACACACUCGUGAGUGUCUGGCAGAUGGGUGGAGCAAUGAUUUGCCUCACUGUGAAGUGGUAAAGUGUCUGCCAGUAACAGCUCCAGAAAAUGGAAGAAUUGUCAUGUCUGGUACAUACGAGAUGGACCAAGAAUUUUCCUUUGGACAAGCCAUACGGUUUGAAUGUAAUGCAGACUAUAAACUUAAGGGAGACAGAGAAAUAUAUUGCUCAGCUACUGGUGAUUGGAGUCAGGAGGUACCGCAAUGUACAGAAGUAACAUGCACCCCACCAGUUAUUCUGAAUGGAGAGGUAAUGGUUCCAAGGAGACUUUACAAGGAGAAAGAACGAAUACAAUUUAACUGUGAUACAGGAUUUAAGUUCAAUGAAAGAUCAGAUGCAGUAUGUACUGAAGAUGGAUGGAGACCAGCCCCGUUAUGUAUAGAAGUUACAUGUGAUCAUCCAAAAGUGGCUGAUGGUAGCUUUGUCCCUUCAAAGACAAUAUACAGAGAAGAGGAUGUAAUCAUAGUGGACUGCAAGCGUGGAUUUCACUUUGACUCAUUCAGUGGGAACACAGCUCAAUGCACUAAGAAUGGCUGGAUACCUGUUCCAAAAUGUGUCUUGCGACCUUGUGACUACCCACAGGUAGAAAAUAUUGAAUUAAGUGGCUAUUAUCAAAGCAACAGAGAACGAGCCUUUCCAGCACAGAUAGGCUCAACAGUGUACUACAAUUGUGCCAAUGGUUAUGUAACUGCGACUGAAUAUUGGAUUUUAAUCAGAUGUACAAGAGAUGGCUGGGAUCCUGCACCAAAAUGUUUCAGGCAGAUCAACUACUAG